GUCGCGCAACCGGAGCAUGCGUCCGUGUGCGAAAAAGAGCAACAACACUCGGCAGCUUCCAGGCAGUCCAGACUCCAAAAUCCAGCGCAUAGGGAGGGAGCUCCGUUGCUCCUCGUUAUCUCUCAUCUCCGCGAAUACGUCAAUACACCUGCAAUGUAUAUUUAAUACAUCCGCAAGUUGAGAAGGAGCCACACGGAGUACACAUAUAUAUCUACGAAACAGUACAUCGCAACGACGGACUCUGUUUUCUUCCCUUCCUCGCUCGUUUUUCGGCAUCGCGCAUCACCGGGAAAAAACUGCAGACGGUAGCGAGACAACCUCCCGGUAUACAGGUAGAGAGAGAGAGAGUCCCUUCUCCAGCGCAAGGACGCAGUGUGGAUAGCGGUAUUUACCAACAAAGACACCGGACAGACAGACCGGGUGGUUGCUGUUCCAGUAAAUAACUCAAGUGCAUCGUCAGAGAAGGUGCAGCCUUCCAGUGGUUUCCAGUUGGUGUUUUAAGUAGUAAUAGUGCACGAGUGGAUAAGAGACAAGAAGGAAACAACCCUUGCUCCCUCAGCUCUUGGGGGGUGAGCGAGCCAGCGCAGUGGUACUUACAUAUAGACAUAUACACGGUACGUGGUGUUGCUCGCAAUUCGGAGUUACGCCGUGAGACGUAAAAAAGACAACACAUCCGAAAGCCGCCGCCGUCCGAGCGCGACUCCUUUUUUUUUUUUCGAUCAAAGCCGACUCUCGCGCUCCGGCUUUUCUACACACCUAUAACACGCCAGUCAGUGAGUCAGCUGUGAGUGCGCCGCCAACGCGUUAGCAACAGUAGCUGCACCAGUGUCAGUGUAAUACAGUCCAUCUACGCGCGAGGAGGGUCUUCCGCUGGAGCUUCCGGCCACCUUGUCCGUAAAUUUUACAGAAAGCAAAGUGCGCGCAGAAUCAUCGUACUUCCUAUAAUAUCAUACAUAUAGAUGUGUCAACAAAUAUAAUCAUCCGUGUGCCGCUUAUGCUGCUGCCUGACAACUCUCGUCUGCUUCCUGUAUACAUACAAAACUUUGCGCUGUGAUAUCAUCGUCGUGUGUGGUGUACAUAUUUUAUACACAUGUGAUACGUGCUUUUGGAGUCCCGGCUGAGAGCAGGAAAGUUUUUAUUUACCGUUUAUUUUUAAACUUGUACACACAACGACGCAUACCGUCUCGAAACUCUGUUUUUUUUUUGUUUUUUUUUUAUCCAUUUAACUCUUCCGACUUUUGCUACUCCGCCACCGGAGCGCUUUUUUCCCGUAAGUACUCCGGCUUUUUACCGCGGCACAAAGACACAAUAGUCCAAACGUGUAGUGUCGUCCCGUGCUUUUUUCAUCUCGUCCGCAUCUACUCGCUUACACGGAAUUUCGAACUAUUUACAAAGUGCGCCGGCCAAAGUUUUGAUUUAGCCGUGCUGCUCGCCGUAUUUACACGCGCGCCCGAAAACACACUCGUCCAAGAAGAAAGAAAGUAAAGAAUCCGUCUGCGCGGAAACAAAGCAUCCCACCGAGACUCGUCUCCUCCCCGGGAAUCUCGCCGCGCGUUCGAGGAAUUGAACUCCCGGUGCAAAAAGAAAAGCGAAUAGGUGCCCAAAAAAAAAAAAAACAACAACAAGGAAUCCAGCAACAUCAACGAGGGCUUUUAAAUAGUAGCGCAAGUGUCGGGAACCCGGACAGUCGGUGAGUGCUGGGGAAGCGGUAGCAACAGUGUAAUAGAUAACAUAAACACACAGCGAGAGAAUGUCUGACUUUCUGGAGCACCAGCAGAACAUCAAGCUGCCCAAGCACGACUCGACCGACGAUUUCGAGCAUCUCGAGCACGAAGUGCACAACCACCACCACCAGCAGCAGCAGCAGCAGCAUCACGAGCCCUUGCUCGACUUGUCGAAUCCCCUGGCGUCGUCGCCUCUGAUGCACCCGCACAACCUGCUCGACGGGCUGGCCUCGCGCGCCGACCUCCUCGACAUGAGCGUGCCAACGAGCAACGGCGCCGAGGCCGACCUGCUGCCGGUACCCGCGACCCCACCACCCUCCGCGGACUCAGCCAAGUUCGAGCCCGGCGGCGCCCAGCAGGCCGAGCCCAACUCCUUCGAGCUCGAGGCCAGGAUCCGCGAACAACUGCAGGACGCCAAGGCCGCGACCAUGGCCUUCAUGGAGUCGGAAAAGGCGCCGGCGCACCACUUCGACGACGACGACGACCUCCUCGGCGCGGGCAGGCCCGCCAGCGUGGACAGCGACGAGGACGAGGAGUCGGUCACCAGGAGCGAGCCCAGCGAGCCCAUCCUCAAGAAGCCUUUGGCGAUGCCGAUCGAGCCGAGGGACGACGACUUCGAGGAGUUCGAGGAGAACGGCGAUGAGCUCGUGCAGGACGUGAGGUCGUCGACCCUGCCCGAGCCGGAAAAGUCGCCCGAGCUGGACUUUGUCAGGGACGAGAUAGUGGUGCGCGAGGCCACCAGAGAGAUCCAGAGGAAGCCCGAGGAGGACGACCUCUGGGACGUGCUGGAGAAGCCGGCGGUCAGGCUCGUGGAGGACGAGCCGCCUACGAAGCCCCUGCCGCCGUUGCCCAAGGGUGCCCUUGUCGACCAGGACGAGGACGAGUUGUUCUCUGGUGGGGACGGCUACGCGGACAAGUACGGGCGGACGGGCGAGUUUCUCGCCGCGGAGUCCAAGCAGCAGUUCAGCGGUGGGGAGACGGACGAGUUCGAGUCCGAACCCGAGCCCUCGCCGGCCAAGCUGGCGACCGGGGCUGUGGCUGUGAGACCCGAGUUGGGCGACGCGGCCGAGAGGAAGGUCUACUGCGCCAAGCCCGGAAACAAGGCUGGUCUAUCGGCCAGUGCGAUCUUCAGUGACAUCGGCAUCGAUGCAUGGUUUAACCCAGAAAGACUGAAUCCAAAAGUGGCAGCGUUGAUCUACUGGCGCGAUCCCAAAAAGUCGGGAAUCGUCUUCGGUGCAAGUCUCAUUGUGCUCUUGUCGCUGGCCUACUUUAGCCUGAUCAGCGUGGUGGCUUACAUAUCCCUACUCACUCUCACCUUCACCGUAGCUUUCCGCAUCUACAAAACUGUCCAGCAGGCCAUUCAGAAGACGUCAGAUGGACACCCGUUCAAAGAUCUUCUCGAGCUUGAACUCACACUACCCACCGAGAAGGUGCACGAGGUGGCCGACAUCGUCGUGGCCAGCGUCAAUGGGGCUCUCAAGGAGUUGCGCAGGCUCUUCUUGGUCGAUGACUUUGUCGAUUCUCUCAAGUUCGGCGUCUUGCUCUGGUCGCUCACGUACCUUGGCUCUUGGUUCAAUGGCAUGACGCUCAUCAUCCUUGGAGUCGUUGCUCUGUUCACGUUGCCCAAGGUUUACGAAACGAACAAAACACAGAUCGAUGCGAAUCUAGCUCUGCUUCAAGACAAAAUCAACGAUAUCACAGCCAAGGUAAAGGCUGCGCUGCCCAUUGGAGGCAAAAAGGCUGAGCCAUCAAAAGAAGAGUAAAUAAACGCCAGGACGAGCGUUAAAAUCGUUGCAGAGCCACGCGAAAGUAAGGAUGAGCGAAGUAUCUUAGAGACGGAGUGAAAGACGGCUGGGAAACGAAACAAAACAAAAAAAAAGGAUGUCGGGUGUCGCGUAACGCCCCAGGAAAGAGAGGAAACACAGACACACUCACUUAUCAUCACAAUCAUCGUAGAAUCGCCGAUUUUAUAAAAAUGAACUGACUUGUUGCGAGUAUAAUAUGAGAAAUAAAAUAAAAAUUUUAAUUAGAGUGUGAGAAAAAAAAGAGAUGAAUAAAUAGACAGAUUGUAAAUAACGGAUCAUUGUUUUACUUCAAAUCAAUGUUGGAUAUAAUACAUAUAUCAAAAUGGUUGUUGUUGACACAGAAUAAACUAGGUGAUACAAUUUUAAUUGUUUGUUGUGUGUCAAAAUAACAAUGAUGUAUCGUAAGAGAGGUUUACGCGAACACUGGAUCAAAAUAAAUGAAUAAUUAAUAAUACCGAAAGUUCGAUCUAGGGUCGAAAUUAAAUAACAUACAGCUUUACGAGGUCGAACAAUCGCGAAACACGCGCAUCCUUUGAUAUAAAUGAAAAAAAUAAAGAUAUCCCUAAAAUAGAAUGAAAAAAAAAAAAAAAAAAAAAAAUUUACAAAAAAAGAAUAACUCAAGUAACAUUUAGGGAUUAAUUGUUCGUUAUUGUGAUGCGAUGGUGACGAAUUUAUAUAGCGAGCUACAGAAGAAAGUGCGACAGAACGACGUCUACGGAGUAAAUGAACUAAUAAACAGCGAGUAAAAAACAAACCAAGAUUUCAUUAAAUGAUAAUAAAAGUAACGAAAUAACCUAUCGUUCUAUAUUGGACAAUUAUAAAUGUAUGAUUGUCAUGACCAAGAUCUUACGCACUUUGGGUGUUUCCCUCCCAAUAACUGCACGUACUCGUAGAGCGUGCAUCUUCCCAUCCCAUCCAAUUCCCUUUCGUAAUACAUAUGUGCAGUCACGUUCGUUUUUCUUUUUUUUUUUUUAAGAAAAAAAGAGGAAAAAACCAAAUCAAUGAAAUAAAAAAUAUACAGUAAGUGUAUUAUGAUGAAGUAAAUGAAAAAAAAAUUAAUAAUCUAGUAUCUUACAUACUUAAAAAACAAUGGGGAGCAUAUAAUCCAUUAAUCGCAUUACACCGUUCACCAGCAUUCUCUCGCAUCAUCUCGUUUGCUACUUGAAUCACUCAUCAUAAAGAAGAGUCUAUCCUUUUUUAACUGUAGAAAAUGUUGUUGAGGUAAUCAUUAAUCAAUUAAUUAGACUAUAUGCACGGAAAAAGGCUAUCAAUGUGAAAAUGUUUAUUGCAUACGGUGUUGUAUUGAAAGUCGAGACAAAAAGAAGGGAACAUAAAAGGGGUCCCGUUAAUGAAUAUUUUAAAAAUGAGAAGGAAAAGAAACGGAGUGUUAUUUACGUAUCGAGAAAAGUGCUUGUCGAAAUUGUUUCUUUUUUAUUGUUAGAUCUUAAGAUAUAAUGUCUAAUAAUCAGCGAUCCCUCGUGUUUUAGUUGUUAUAUAGUAUGAUGAAGAAUAAAUAUGAGAAUUUAAUGAAGGAA